AAACAAUUGUCAUUCCGUCUGCACUUGCCACUUUUGAAAUUCCUGAAGAAUAAUUUUGUUGGAAUUGAACAAAGUUUUUCCUUUAAUAAAUCCCCUAAAACAACAAAAUGGCUGAAAACGCUGGCAAUUGGUGCUUAAUUGAAAGCGAUCCUGGUGUAUUUACUGAAUUAAUUCGAGAGUUCGGUGUUGAAGGGGUACAGGUUGAAGAGAUUUGGAGUUUGGAGCCAGAUUCCUUUAAAAACCUAGAACCCAUUCAUGGACUGAUCUUUCUAUUCAAAUGGGUGCAGGACGAUGAACCAUCGGGCUCCAUUGUUACAGACAAUAGAACAGAAAAGAUUUUCUUUGCCAAACAAGUCAUAAACAAUGCAUGUGCCACUCAAGCUAUUUUAAGUAUUUUGCUUAAUUGCAAUGACGAGGAUAUAAAGCUUGGAGAUACAUUAACGAAUUUCAAGGAAUUUUGUCAGUGCUUUGAUCCAUAUAACAAAGGUCUUACGCUAAGCAACGCCUCCCAAAUUCGAACAGUUCAUAAUUCUUUUGCAAGGCAAACCCUAUUCGAAUUAGAUUCUAAGAACCAAAACAAAGAUGAAGAUGUAUUUCAUUUCAUUGGUUACAUACCAAUUGAUGGUCGUCUGUAUGAGUUGGAUGGCUUGAAAGAAGGUCCUAUCGAUUUGGGAGCAAUUGAAACGUCACAAAACUGGAUUGACGUUGUUCGUCCUAUCAUUGAGAAGAGAAUGCAAAAAUAUAGCGAGGGUGAAAUUCAUUUCAAUCUGAUGGCAAUUGUUUCGGACCGACAAAUGAUCUAUCAGAAACAAAUUGACAAAUUACUUACUGCCGAUGAAAAUGCAAUGGAAACUGAUGACAAACAAGUUGAAGUAGCCCGAAUUCGAUCAAUGAUUGAAGAUGAAAUUGUUAAGCGUAAGCGUUAUAGGAUCGAAAAUAUCCGACGCAAGCAUAAUUAUUUGCCGUUUAUUGUUGAACUUUUAAAAAUGCUUGGUGAACAAGGUCAAUUAACUCCAUUAUAUGAGAAAGCCAAACAAAGGGCUUUGGAACGUGAGACUACAACUGUUACUAAAACAAAAUCAUAAAUGCAUUUAUUGUUUAAGUAUUUAUAUUUGAUGUAUCACAUGAAAUAUUCAUCAUUAACAAGUCCUUUUAUUAAACGUUAAAAUAGUUAAA